AUGCAAUAUACGCCAUUUGCGUCGGACAUAGAAUUGCCCUUCUAUACUGCUUUGGCAUCGUUAAAAAUCAACCAUGACAAACUUGACGAUUCUACCCGGAAGAUACGAGGCCUCUACGAGAUCCGCUCCGCCGACUCUCCGAAUGCCUCGUGUCGGAUGCAAGUACACGGAAAUGCUCUUACUAGCGAUGAGGUUCCAGCUGGUUACUAUCGCGCCGAAGGAACGAUGAAAAAUGUCAACACCAUCGAAGCAUACCGAAACACGGACAAAGUGCAUCUUCUUCAAGAAUCUGGCAGGACAAUCUGGGAUGCUAUAAUUGACGGUUCUAUCUACUCGUAUCCGUCUUUACUGUCAUCAUUCCUGGUCAUCUCAUAUGCAGAUCUCAAAAGAUACAAGUUCCACUACUGGUUUGCCUUUCCUGCACUUCAUUCAGACCCCUCAUGGGUCACAAUAGGCCCUUCGACGCAAAACACUGGUCAAGACAAGGGCCAAUGGGGUGUCAAACAUGGCGAACGCUUGCCAAAUGUUGAAAAUUCGACGCUCACAGAUGCGGUGCAAGCCUGGAGUUCCAGGGUAGACACUCGUCAGCACGGGUUUUUCUUGGCUCGCAGACUGCGAGAGAGCAGCGGAAAUGCUGGACACGACAACGAAACAGACUCUGCGAUGGCUGAUAUGACGAGCGGCUGGCAAAUCGAAGCUCUUGCGGCCUAUGAAAACGGAUUCUUCAAUGGGGCGCGCUUUGAGGAUUGUUUUGUUUGCUUCGUGGAUCCUUCGAAUUACGAGGAUGCCCCCGGUUGGAUGCUCCGAAAUCUCCUGGUACUUGCGAAACAUCGCUGGGGCCUUGACAAAAUCCAAAUUCUGAGAUAUCGGGAUGCAAGUUCGAGGUGUGAGCAGGGUCGCAGCAUAGUGAUGGCGUUGGAGUCUCGGGGUUCUCAGACUACGGAUCCUGCAAAGUUGCAGAACAAAGACAGCGAUCUUAUGCCAAAAGUAACUGGCUGGGAACGCAAUGCGACGGGAAAGCUAACGGGAAGAUUGGUUGAUCUUACAGAGUACUUGGAUCCCACAAGAUUAGCGGACCAGUCUGUUGAUCUCAAUCUCAAGCUCAUGAAAUGGAGGAUUAGCCCUAGGCUGGACCUGGACAUAAUCAAACGUACUAGGUGCCUUUUACUUGGUGCCGGUACCCUCGGGAGCUAUGUAGCCCGAAAUCUGAUGGGAUGGGGUGUCACUAAGAUUACGUUUGUGGACAAUGGAUCUGUGUCAUUUUCGAACCCCGUGAGGCAGCCACUUUUCAACUUUGCGGACUGCUUGGAAGGGGGUGCCAAAAAGGCACACCGGGCUUCCCAGGCCUUGUCAGAGAUAUACCCUGGCGUUGAAUCCACCGGAUACACUCUUUCGGUGCCAAUGGCUGGCCACCCCGUUGUGGAUGCUCAGCAGACCCGGGCAGAUUUUGAAACCCUUCACAAGCUAAUAGAUGACCACGACGUAGUUUUCCUUCUUAUGGACACAAGAGAGUCGCGCUGGCUACCAACCGUCAUGGGGAAGGCGGCUGGCAAAAUUGUCAUGAAUGCAGCGCUAGGCUUUGACUCUUACGUGGUCAUGCGCCAUGGUGUUAAAACCGAGGAACACCAACCAGCAGAACUGGGAUGUUAUUUCUGUAACGAUGUGGUGGCGCCGAUGAACUCAGUCAAAGACCAGACACUUGAUCAGCAAUGUACAGUUACUCGGCCCGGUGUAGCUGCUAUUGCCUCGGCCCUCUUAGUCGAGCUGCUUGUUUCGCUCCUCCAGCACCCUGACGGAGCUGCGGCCCCAGCCCCGGUGUCCCGGGGUGAUGAUCAAAAUGACCACCCCUUGGGUCUAGUGCCACAUCAAAUCCGAGGGUUUCUUUCGACUUUUGAGAACAUUCCUAUCUUGGGGAAGAGCUACUCGUGCUGUAGUGCUUGUUCAGACAACAUCGUUCGUGCCUAUAAGAGUCAAGGCUGGGAGUUUGUGCAGAAAGCAUUAAAUGAACCCGGGUAUGUCGAGGAAUUAAGCGGGCUCAAGGAGGUUCAAUCAAAAGCCGAGGCAACCAUUGCCGACAUGGAAUGGGAUGAAUUGUCUGAAACGGAAGAAGAAUAA